AUGCCCAUGUGUCACCAGCAAGCAACCGGGUUCAGGUUCAAGUUUGAUCCUCUAGCUUUUUCGGUUGCGUCCGUCGAUUCGUCUGCCAUGGAGGGAGGAGGCGUUCCUUCCGCCCAGGACGUGUGGGACUGGGAGGUGCUGCCUGACGAGCACAGGAGCUUCUACGCCGAGACCAGGGCCGCAUCCCGUGCCCACGACGGCGGCGAGGUUCUUGCCGAUCACGAAACCGAGGAACCGAUCCUGCCUCCCCCGUCACAAGUCGACGCUGAUAAUGUUGACGAGUGCAAGGACAUCGGCGUCGACGUCGACGUCGUGCCGGCCGGGGCCAGAUCAACCCAAGAGGAUGAGGAACCCGCGGCGCCGGAGCUGCUAGUCUCUGACGGCGACGGAGAGGAGAAGUUCCAGCCCUGUGUCGACGCCAAGGAGGUGGACGAUGAUGGCAAGCAGAUGGCGGCGGCAGAGGCAGUGGAGUCAGAGCUUCCUCCUCACGAGUUCGCCGCGGGAGAGGAGGAAGAGGGCAAGAAGGAGGAGGACGGGGCGCCGCCGGAGUGCGUGGUGUUCAGCGUGGGGAAGCUGCGCGUGAACGCGGUCGGGGCGCUGUGCUCGUUCGGGGUCGCGGCGGCCACCGUCUGCGUUUUCCUCGUCGGCGGCAGGCUGCAGCACCAGAAGCAGCACCAGCACCACCAGCAGCAGAAGAUCCAGCUGCAGUUCCUUGGCGAUGAUAAGAGAAUUCAGCAGGUGGUGCAGCAGACAUCGAGGCUGAACCAGGCCAUGUCAUCUAUGAUGGGGGCAGGCGCGUCCACAAGGGCCAACAUAUCGUUCGGUGGCUUCUACGACGGCUUCUGA